AUGCUUGCAGAGGCAUCAUCCAAUGUGAGGUUAGAGAAAGAUACUGCCGCUGGCCUCGAGAGGGACCGGGAUACUCACCCUCUACAAUGGUCUUAUCGAAAGAAAUGGACUACCACUUCUAUCGUUGCCGGGUUUACCUUCAUUUCUACUUCAUCAUCGUCCAUGAUGGCCCCUGCAAUACCUGAAAUUUCGCGAGAUGUGGGCGCAACUAAGAGUGCGGAGCAACAACUCAUCCUCUCUGCUUUCGUCAUCGCAUAUGCCGCAGGGCCCCUGUUUCUUGCACCCUUGAGCGAAGUAUAUGGUCGAUCUAUAAUCCUUCAUAUUACAGCGUGGUUUUACCUCACCUGGAACCUCUGCUGUGGGUUUGCGAGCACGCCCAGUCAGAUGGUUGUUUUCCGAUUGCUUGCUGGCCUUGGAGCAAGUGCGCCGCUUUCGAUUGGUGGCGGUGUCCUAAGCGACAUCUGGGUAGCGGAGGAGCGCGGUAAAGCAAUGGGAAUAUACAGUAUGAUGCCUCUAUUGGGUCCGGCUCUCGGUCCCUUUAUCGGCGGAUUUGUAACGCAGUAUGCGAACUGGAGAUGGAUUUUCUGGGGUAAAUCAAUAUUCGACGCUGUUAUCCAAGUUACUGCAUUGGUUUCCUUACACGAAACAUACCCGCCAGCUAUACUCAAACGCACAGCGCGGAAGGAGCAGCAGAGCGAGGCUAAAUUUCCUAAUGAAUCACACCAAAGCCCGGGCCAAUCCAUUACUCAAGUGCUCAGAACGGCAUUAGCUCGGCCGUUGCGUCUUCUGGGAACAGAGGUAAUUGUGCAAGUCCUUUCUAUAUACCUAGCUUUCCUUUUCGGAACGCAAUAUCUCAUGCUGUCAACUUUUACAACACUCUGGACAAAAAAAUACAAUCAGUCUAUGGCGAAGUCAGGUUUACAUUUCUUGGCUCUCGGUCUAGGCUAUUUGUUUGGGGCCCAAUGCUGCGCUUUCGUCAGUGACAAGAUCUACGUUCGGAUGAAGAUGCGAAACAACUCGGCAGGCCGGCCUGAGUUUCGCGUCCCUAUGAUGGCACCGGGAGCUUUAUUAGUCCCUGUCGGCCUCUUCCUUUAUGGCUGGUCUGCUCAAGCGCACUUUCACUGGAUCGUUCCCGAUAUUGGGGCCUUUAUUUUUGGAGCUGGUUGCAUCUUUGGAACGCAAACUAUCCAGGUCUAUCUAGUGGAUACUUACUCUCGCUACGCUGCAUCAGCUCUUGCUGCCGCAAGUGUUCUUCGGUUCGUAGCUGGGUUUGUAUUCCCUUUGUUUGCUCCAGACUUGUUCAGAGCCCUUGAAUAUGGCUGGGGAAAUAGUCUACUUGGGGGCAUAGCAAUUGCAUUUGGCAUUCCAGGUCCAUUACUUGUAUGGAAGUAUGGAGAAAAGCUACGGUCCUUAAGUCGUUUUGCUGCGAACUGA